GCACUGCAUGCUCGGGGCAUUGCAUAGGCAACUAUUCUAGAAGGAGGACCAAACAUGGGACUUUCUGCCCCAUACUCAACUGGUUGGUCCUGACUGCCAUCUUGUAUAUUCCCACUGGACUGUAUUAGGUUUCCAUACCUGCAUUCAGAUUUUGGUCAAGCUCUCCUGAUCCUGAUGUCCAUUUUGCACUGUUGUCUGUAGGCUGUCUGCUGGAGCUGUGCAUGGCUGUGGAUGGGCAUUCUCUAACAAAGUGCUGUUGGUGUUGUUUUAUGCAGAGAAAAUGCUCCAAAGAAAUAUCCUGAAGAAUCACACUGUUGGACCUGGAUUUCUUCUGGAUUUUUCUGAUCCCCCUGGGCUGCCAGGAUUGUGCUUCACCAUCUUCCUGCUCAUUUAUGUCACAGUUAUCAUUGGGAACAGCCUGAUUGUGCUGGUUACAGUGCUGGACUUAAGUCUCCGCAGCCCCAUGUAUUUCUUCCUGAGAAACUUGUCCUUCUUGGAGAUCUGCUACACGUCAGCCACUCUCCCCAAAAUACUUAUGUGUUUCCUGACGGGAGAUGUCCGGAUCUCCUUCCUUGGCUGUGCUGCCCAGCUGUAUUUCUUAGUUUUGCUGGGAAGCACUGAGUGCCUCCUGCUUGCCUCUAUGGCUUAUGACCGCUAUGUGGCCAUAUGUGACCCCCUGCACUACAGUUUGUUGAUGAAUGGUGGGUUCUGUGUCAGACUGGUGGUCGGCUCAUGGAUGGUUGCUGUACCAAUACAAGUGGGCCAGACCUACCAAGUGUUCACCUUGCCCUUCUGUGCAUCCCAUCACCUCCAUCAUUUUUUCUGUGAUGUUCCCCCUCUGUUGGAGCUGGCCUGUGCAGAUACUUUCUGGAGCUGGGUGACCCUGCACACUAUCAUCCUGCUUUUCGUCGUCCUUCCCUUUUUCAUGAUUGUCGUUUCCUAUGUUAGAAUUAUCAAGACUGUUCUGAAGAUGCACUCUGCUCCGAGCAGACACAAAGCCUUUUCCACCUGCUCCUCACACCUCAUAGUGCUGACUCUCUUUUUUGGCUCAGCCACAGUUGCGUACUUCAAACACCACUCAAAGGACUCUGCAGACACUGACAAAUACCUUGCCCUGUUUUACACGAUUCUGACCCCCAUGUUUAACCCUGUCAUCUAUGGAAUGAGGAAUAGGGAAGUGAGAAUCGCCCUGAGAAAACUCCUGUGGGGAAAGUGAUAGUGCAGAGUGGGUGAAAUUACGACCCAAUUGUUCCAAUGAGCAUUUGGCUGUUUGUGUGUUGGCAUCCAGUUUUGGCUCAGACACCUCCAGAUUGGGCACCUCCAGAUUUGCUGCACUGUCCCACAACCCACUGCAUCUUCCAGAAGGAAUCAAAGUUUAUGUAGGAUAGAGAAGGAUGUGUGGGGAUUCACUGUCACAUCAUCACAGGGCAGGAAAUGAAGGAUCCCUGCUCCCUGUCUUUUUGAGGUCUCUACGUUCAAUUUUGCCCUAGUUACCAUAUUAUAAUGCAUAUUAUCCUUCCUAUGAUUGCACUGUACCUCAUUAAUGGUAUUCCAGUCAGAAUUCUGCAGGUUAAAGAAGAAGGAAUUCUCAGAGAACCACAGUUCGAUCCAGCACACAACAAUCCAACACCACACAGCAUCCUACCUGCCCUGAAUGACAGCUAUGACGCAUGGAGGCCAAAGGCAUGAAGCCAAUGGACACCACCGCCACUUUAGAGGGAUGGGCCAUAGACUGUGGGAAUGAUAUCUA